GCCAGUAGCAGCUGACCGAUUGGAGCGUUCGGAGUAGUUCCUUUCGUACUCGGCUUCGCAGUCUUCGCAUUCGUGCGUGUCCACGCGAGCCCGUAUGUCUCACGGCGAUCCGUCAAUCGUCUUACGUCAACCGACACGCGUCGUGUGUGAUCCGAAAAAGUAAAGCCGGCGCCGAAGGAAGAAUUCACGAGGACGCCGCAUCUUCUGCGUCGAUUGCGAAACUAGUGAAAGGCGCGCGACACGCGGGACGAAGACGACGACGGGUCACGGGUGGAAUUGCCACGGUCAACGGAACGCCGGGUGACUAUUAAAGCGUCGUUGAUCACCUGUGGUGAGGCAUAUCCUGUCCUAAGAUUAAACGACACUGUGGAAGCCGUGCAUCCGACGGGAGAGCUCGAGGAUACAAUGAGGUAGUAAACUGUUCACGGAGCACCUGGUGAGAGGUGGGUUUUUAGCACGACGGACGAUAUGUUUCUGUCGAGCCGCAGCGGCCGAAAGGGGCCCAUCGCUUGUCUGGUGGGCCUCCUCCUCAUCUUCGCUCUUUAUCAACUGGGCAUUAUUUGCGACUCCACCAGGUACAUGCCCACGGCCAUGAUGGUCAGCAAGGAGAAAUACGUGAUCGGGCCGUUUGAUCGCAAGACGUACACGUACGAUCGUUACAUGCCACUCAUUUUCAUCGGUGGUGUACCACGAUCAGGUACAACCCUAAUGCGUGCCAUGCUGGACGCGCACCCUGACGUGAGAUGUGGACAGGAGACCAGAGUUAUACCAAGGAUUCUCCAGAUGAAGAUGCACUGGUCCAAGUCCGAGAAGGAAAACGUGCGGCUCACUGAAGCGGGGAUCUCGAAAGAGGUGAUAGACAGCGCGAUAGCGGCGUUCUGCUUAGAAAUAAUAGCACGACACGCUGAGCCCGCGCCGAGGUUGUGCAACAAGGAUCCACUCACCCUGAAGAUGGGCUCGUACAUCCUCGAGCUCUUCCCGAACGCAAAAUUUAUAUUCAUGGUCCGCGACGGACGCGCAACGGUGCAUUCCAUCAUAUCCAGGAAGGUCACCAUAACGGGAUUCGAUUUAACGUCGUACCGGCAGUCUCUCAUCAGGUGGAAUCACGCAAUUUCCGUAAUGUACGGUCAAUGCAAGGAACUGGGACCUGAGAGAUGUCUGAUGAUUCCUUACGAGCAGCUGGUGCUACACCCACGUCAAUGGAUGAAGAAGAUAUUAAACUAUUUGGACGUGCCGUGGAAUGAAUCUGUCAUGCAUCACGAGGAAUUCAUUAACAAACCCGGCGGAGUGCCUCUGAGCAAGGUCGAGAGGUCAUCGGACCAAAUCAUAAAGCCUGUAAAUCUGGCAGCGCUAACCAAAUGGGUCGGUAACAUUCCCGAGGACGUGGUGAGGGAGAUGGCAGACAUCGCGCCAAUGCUCUCCGUACUCGGCUACGAUCCUUACGCGAAUCCACCCGUUUAUGGCGCACCGGACAGUUUAGUUAGCGACAACACCAGACGAGUGUUGGCUGGCGAAAAACUCUGGGAGGAGAAGGCGCGGGCGUACCAUUUAUCGCAUAGGCCAAUCGAGAACAGCAACGAGGAAGCUGCUUCCAGCACAGCCCCAGUCGCGUGACCCCGCGUGAUUCUCAUAGACACGAACGACACGUAACCGACUACCAACCUAAGUCCCAUCGAUUUAGGAUUCCCGCGUAUACGGAGAGACCACCCUCUUGUUUACUUUCUAAGUAAACUCGGUCUCGCACGACUGUGAAUCGCGUCGUGAAUUAAUCGCCCUUGUCGUAUUUUCUCAGUCUCCGUUAUCGCAUCGCGGCAACGAUAAAUUAAUCGAUCAUUCCUCGCGACGCUUAUUUAUUCGCAUCAGGAUCGCGCUUCACGAAGACAGAUGACGUAAUGUACUAAGCCGUGACUAGAAAAUAGGAUGCACCCGAAAUAAGCGGUCAAACUUCGAGAGACGGGCUAUUCCGUUAUUUGACAGUUCGUGAAGCAUCUAUCAAGCGUUCCUUCUGCGACACGCCCCCUUUAAAACGAGAAGAAGCGCAAAGUUCUAAGAUGAAACUUCUAUGAAUUUUCUCAGCGUUCUCGCUGUAUUCUACCGCAGACGAAAACUGUGGGAGCAAGUAUCUAUAACUCGGAAAAAGAGAGAAACAAGACACAUAAUCGUAUGAUUUUUUCGUCUUCAAAACAAAUAGAAUAAAUUCCUAACGUUUGGUCGUUUAUUUGCGGACUCUCCUGUAUAUUAUUACCGCGCGAUAACUAUAUAAUAUAUAUAGUUAUAGUAAUAUUUUUAAUAAUAAAACUAUUAAUUUAAAAGGUUUGCUGCAAUUACGAAACAAAUCUACAUAAUUUCAUUUAAUAUAUUUUAUAUUUAAAAUAGAUUUCACGAAUUAUUGUAACAAAUUCAAUAUUAGACAAAUUUAUUUUUGGUAAAUAGUUUAGGAGAUCCCUCUGCCCUCCCCCCAAUGAUCUUGACCUAUGUUGUCGAAGUCAUGACUCUGAGUGACCUUGAGAAAGUUUUAACCAUCGGACAUUACUCAUCAGAGUCAUCAAGAUCAUGACAAUAUAUGUUAAGAUCAAGAUCAUUGGGGGGGGGGGGAGGAUUCCCCUAAACUAUAUAUUUACCUUAUUUUUAAAUUAAAAAAUAAGAAAUAUUUAAAAAAGAGCUUUUUAUUAAUUACUUGUCAUCGUAUGACAAACAUUCAUUUUCCUAGCUAUUUUAUAAAUAGCAUUACAAAUGUCGUAAUGUUAUGAGUUGGACCUUAAAUUGACGGUACCAUCAUUGUCUACUAUCUAUAGUCAAGAACAAUAAGCGUGAAAUGCGUCGCACUAGCGAUAAAGCAACCUCGAAUAUUAUGUAUUAUGAAGGAUCGGACCCUAAUAGAGAUUUCAACAAGUUGAAUUCUGUAGCUCUAGAAAAAUACGAAGAAUUUUAUAAUUAUCACGUUUUUAUGUUACAACAAUUUUUCAAUAUGAGAAUCAUUUUUAUAUACUCGUAGAAAGCUUUAACAUUAAGUUACGGGUUCGGCCUUCUUUUAUUAAAUGACAUCGAUCAAUAACGGCCAGUGAUUUUAAAGAGAAGUGUUUAGAGUAUUUAACAAGAGACAUACUUCAAACGUGUAAAGAACGGGAGAGUAAAACUUCUCUCUUUUUUUCCCUUUACGAAUAAAGUCUCUGGUUGGUCGGUCUAGGAUAGAUAUAAUCCAACGCGAAAUUCUAAAACAAUUCAACGUUAAAUGUGAUUAUCCGGUACACGGGGUAAAAUUAUGCAAAAAUGAGUUAACCUGUCAAAGUGGUAAUUUUAGAUAAAUUAAUUUGAAAAAACCCCCCCGAGUCUCAUGUUGCCGACACAGCAGCGUUGGACUAAGUACACGCAACUUAUAUUUAUUCUUUUUUUGUUCUGGGUAAACUCAUUCAUGCAUAACACCAUCCAAUUAACGUAUGCAUGUCUACAAAGUUCGCGUACUGGUGUUUUUAUCCUCCGUACCUCCACCGUAUCGUUUUACUACUUAUUGUAACGAAUUCACGUGAAAUUAAAUGAAAUUUUUCAUGUUCGCCAUAUUUUUUAGAUAGCGUAAUUCAUCUGUGGCGUUUUUAAGUGGACCUUUUCGGUCGGUAUCUAUUUAAAAAAAUAAUAAAUUGCAAAUAUAUUUCUGAUAUAUAAUAUUAGAAAUUAAUAUUAGAUUGGUGUCAAAGCUUUAUCAUCAAAGAAAGUCAAAACUAAAACAGUUUUGUAUAGAGUUUUAUUUCUAUCAAUCAAGAAAUAGAAACAGAAUUCACAAAAUUAAAAAUAAUUUUCCUUAAAUUUUCUCUUUAUAAAUAAUUUAACAUUCUUCAAUCUUUAAUUAGAGAAUAGAGUUUAAUGGAAGGAUGGCAAAGCUUUCAAAUCAAUUUGAUAUUUAUGUAAGUGUAAAUAAUAUCCGUGAACUCAACCAAUGGUUGUUUGGUUGUGGUACAUUUUUGUUCAUGGACUUUCCGAGUUAUAUUAUAAUUUUAAAAAAGGAACAACACCGUUAUGAUAGCAAAUGGCAGCAGACAUGCAUAAGCUUGUCGAAAUCUAUCUGUCAAAGUGUGCAAUUAAAUUAUUUUAAUAUUA